UGCAUUGUGCUAGACGCUAUUAUUAUUAUUAAACAGAUUGUCACUGUAUGCCUGUGUACGUACACAUCACACACGUGCAAAUCGAUGUUGUGUUCAGUUGUGUUUACAUCGUGAUCGAGACGUCGGUUUUUGUGAACUUCGGGGAACGAGGUGAUCCCUUUUUCCCAACGAAUGUUUAUGACCUUGUAUUACAAAGCUGUCCAACCUCGACGAGUGAGUAUUUGAGUCGCGAGAGAAAGCAAGAUUAACGAAUGUCUUUGGAUAGAAAGGAACAGAAGCGAGCCAGCAUGCCGGAGCCUGUGAAUCACCAGGUGAAUGCCGCUCGUAAGACGUUCCAGACCUUAUAUCAGAUUUCUAAACUGUUGAACACCAAUCUGGAUCCAACUACCCUGAGCAUCUGCAUUAGACUCUGUGAGAACGGAGUAAAUCCACAUGCCCUCGCGACCGUGGUAAAGGAACUUCAGCGAGAGGUCAAGGCGAUGAAUGAUGCACAGUUGGAAUCCUCCAAAACUAAUGCGACCAAAUGACCAUAAACAAGUACGAUACCUUCCAUAGAAUCUCAUUUCACAUUGUCCAAUAAAUACUUUUCAAAUGUAUAAAUAAUGUAUAAUAUAUUUUGUUUAUUAUGUAAA